AUUCUAAACGAGUUAAUGUAAUUGCCUAAUGGAACUAAAUAUGAAGGAUAAUGGUUGAAUGGAAUGAGAGAUGGAUUUGGAAAAUAGAUUUGGCCAGAUGGGUCAAUUUAUGAAGGAUAAUGGAAAUAAGAUAAAUCUAAUGGACGUGUAUAUAUUUAUAUUUUAACAUAUAUUAGGGUAAAUUAAUACAUGCAGAUGGUGAUAUUUAUGAUGGUGAAUGGAUUGAAGAUACAGCAUUUGGAAAAGGAAUCUAUAUUCAUUUAGAUGGAGCUAAAUAUGAAGGAGAUUGGGUUAAUGAUAAUUAACAUGGAAAAGGUUUUGAAUCAUGGCCAGAUGGAGCUAGAUAUCAAGGAGAUUAUAAAUUUGGUAAAAAAAAUGGUUAAGGAAUCUUAACAUUUACAGAUGGUGCUAAUUAUGAAGGUUUUAUUAUAUAUUCUAUAUAUUUUAGGAAGUUUCGUUGACAAUGAAAUUUCGGGAUUUGGUACUUAUAAAUGGGCAGAUGGACGUAUUUAUGUUGGUCAUUGGUUAGAUAAUAAAAUGCAUGGAGAAGGAAUACUUAAAUGGCCUGAUGGAAAAUGUUAUAAAGGAGUAAUAAUAAUCAUUUUUAUUAUUCUAGAAUUAUCAUAAUGAUAAAAAGUAAGGCAAUGGCAUAUUCUAUUUUGGAGAUGGUAGAAAAUAUAUUGGUACUUGGAAUAAUGGAAAAUAAAAUGGCUUAGGAAUUUAUUAUUAAGAUGAAAAAUAAUUUAAAAUCGGAUUAUGGUAAGAUGGUCAAAGAAAUAAUUGGCUUUCUGAAGAAGAAAUAGAAGCUGCAAAAGAUUCUAUCUCUAAUUUAUAAAAAUUAUGA